UUCCUUUUAUAAACAUCCGGUUGUCUGAUAAAGUUACAAGUUUGAAAAACGGAAGAAAAAUUAAAGGAAUGACAAGCUGUAAAAAGCACGAGACAGAAGAGGUUCGAUUCUACUGUGAGGAAUGCAAAGAACUUAUAUGUGAUGAUUGUGUGGUAGGAGACCACACCCUGUGCAUCAAAACCAAAAUAAGUGAAUAUGGACAACGACAGAAACGAUCUUUACAGGAAACCACAAAAUCAGCUUCAGAAACUAGGGUACCAAAUAUCAACAGAAGAUUGGAACAAAUAAAAAUUGCAAAACAAUCUUUCAAUUGUUUAGUAGAUAAAGAAGUAGAAUCUGUUUGCUCGAAGACAGAUAUUAUUAUAAAGAUAUUCAAUGAAAUCAAAGAAGAAUUGGUUAAAAGCUUCGAAGAAGCACGUCGAGUUGCAAAUGAUACGUAUGACACCUUUACGCAGGAACAUACACAAAGAAAAGAUAACAUACAAGAAAUUGUCGACGAAAUCGAGAAAAAAGGGUCUAAUAUAUCUACAAGCGAUAUUGCCAUCUACGAUUCAAAACUGAAUGAACUUCUGAACGAAAACCAGUUUGUGGAAACAAGUCUUAAAAUUGAAAUUCCAAAGCACCGUUUUCAUAAAGAGUAUGAAAUGAAAGAAAACCUCCGACAUAUAUUAGGUAUCUUAGAUUAUGGGGAAUAUGAUUUACCUUCUCCUAUCGAAACACUUUCUAAUACAGAUGUAUUCAAACUAACACUGCAAAAUGAAAAUGACAAAGAGGAUGUAUCUAUCGAAAAUCGAACAAGAAAAUAUGUAGAACUACAACGAUCUGACUCGUUACACACAAGUUCGUCAAAUGUUGCUGAUAGAAAAGUGAUAUAUAGCGAUGAGAGAGGAAGCGACUUCUAUAGCUCAGUCCCGAAAGGUAAAAAGUUCGAAGUAAUUGUCUCAGUCAAACACAAUCAAAAGGUAUUUCACAUUGUUCCGAAAAAGGAAUGUCGAAAUGCAUGGUUAAUAGGGUCGGGUAUAAGUGAUCUUAAUUUAAAUAUCGAAUCACCAACAUGCGCAGUACGAAUACCUUCAUUAGAUGGUAAUGUGUUAACGGCAUGUAAAAGCAAUGCGCAUGGAUUAUUGAUAGGGAUAGAAAAUAAAAAGACACUUAGAAAUUUACAAGUGUCUUCUGCAUUAUUUAGCAAAGCUAAAAAUUACAAACUAACUUCCUAUAUGUACGUCGAUUCCAAAAGUGUAGCUAGUGCAUGCGCAAGCACAUCUUCAAGUAUGGACAAUCCAAACAAUGUAGCUGCAAUUUGCACAUCAUCAACUAAGGGCUCUGACAUAAUUAUAUGCCUUAGAGAUGACCCAAUGUCUGAAAGCAAAUUCUUCAGUCCUACAAGUGAGAUAUUUGUUAUUGAGUGGUUUUCCAUAGAGAAGCAAAAGACAAAAGAUAUUGUAAUUUUAUCAGAUGACAUCGAAAUUAGUAAUCCUAUUCACAUUUGCGAAAACCGGAUCAAUGGCGACAUAUGCAUCACGUGUUCACCGAAACACUUGUCGUCAUGGAUUCUACUUUUAGACAAGAAUGGAAAGUAUAAGAUGAGAUACCCUUCAAAAAUACAAAUUACAUCUAAGGAGAACGAAACGAACUAUUUUAUUGCGUCAGGAUUUCUAAAUGAUGGGACAAUAACAAUACUAGAUCGAACAAAACGAUGUCAGCACCUUAUAGAUAGAGGAGGAAAAGUUUUACAAAUAGACAUGUAUCAUGAUCAGCCAAUCUGUAUGGCUGUUGAUAUGUAUGAUAAUUUGUGGGUCGGGUUUGACAACGAAAAUAUUCAGCUGAUAAAUUACAAUGAUAGAUAUGAAACUUAUAUCCAAAACAAGACCUAG